GGAGAAAUAUUUAGGCGAGCCCAAGGCGGAAUCGAACACCUAAACAAUAGGUUGGUCGAGCUGUUUCAGACGUGUGUUACCAGCAGUGCGCUCAUUUUGAUGGGCUUGAUCAUUCGAUUAACAGGAAUUCUGCUCCUGGUAGCAAUUCUUGAUCAAGUGCCUGAGAUACAGUGUGGAACAACUGAUCUGGUGUGCAGACCUGGCAGCAUUGUGGAGCAAAUUAGGAGGGUAAAAGGAUUCCUGGAAAGCAUGAAACAAUGUGGUAACAACACGGUUCUGCCAGAGCCAGUGAGGCUGCCCAGUACAGCACUUCAGGUGGACCAGUGGAGACAAAAAUCUACCAACCAGAUGAUAAAAGAACUCAUUGCUGACCUGACCACCUUAUCUGUUGCUGUAACAACAGCAACCAAUGGAACACAAUCCAACUGUACCCAGGGCAUACUGCAGCGGGUCAACCAUCACAUCAUAACCAACAGCCAGACUCUACGCAGACUCACUUUCCCGGAGGAUGAACUAGGUCAAGUGUCCCAGAGUUCCAUGGACACAGAGAGGGGUGCAGAGACAAGAAGCCUGGAGAAAUUGUUGGAACGAUAUCUCUUCCUAAUCAGAGGCAAACUGAAGACAUUUGUUACGAUGGCAAAGCCAAGACUGUGUCAGGGAAGAAGGAGGUGACUCUGACACAGAGAUCAAGUGGGUUUGUAGUAGGCCAGGCUGGUCUCUAUCAAGGGAUUAUUAUGUUCAUUGUGGCAUACAUCAUCAUCAGCAUGACCGUCCUCUCUGUCUGUGCUAUCUCCACAAAUGGUGCUCUUGAUGCUGGAGGUGCCUACUAUAUGAUCAGCCGUGCACUUGGACCCGAGUUUGGAGGCAGUAUUGGUAUCAUGUUUUUCUUUGCCAAUGUGUGUGGCAGUGCCCUUUUUGUACUUGGGUUGGUCGAGUCCAUCAUGGACACCUUUGGAAUCUCUCCAGAUAACAUCAGUGCAGACUCCACACAUGUUCUUCCCCGCAGCUACUGGUGGGAGUUACUCUAUGCAACAGGAAUUUUGCUGCUUUGCUUACUGGUCUGCAUGGUGGGGGCCAACAUCUAUGCCCGGGCAACCUUCAUCAUCUUCCUCAUUGUUAUUAUUGUGUUAGCCACAGUCUUCAUCAGUUUCUUUGCUGUAAAGCCUACCUCUGUGCCAGUCCCCUUCAAUGGAUCAUCAGUGUUUGCCAACUUCACUGGAUUUAAACUGUCCACCCUGCAGGGCAAUUUAAUGCCCCACUAUGUAGUGGACUACACCACUGGCGCCAUGAUGAGUUUUGCCACGGUGUUUGCAGUGAUGUUUAAUGGCUGUACUGGUAUCAUGGCCGGUUCCAACAUGUCAGGAGACCUGAAGAACCCCAGUUAUUCUAUCCCUCGUGGCACCAUCACUGCAGUGGUAUUCACUUACAUCAUCUACAAUCUGCUUUGCAUCAUGGUGGCUUGUACCUGCGACAGGCUCUUACUUCAGAAUGAUUACAGCUUCAUGCGUGAUAUUAAUGUGUGGCACCCAAUUGUCACCAUUGGGAUCUACUCAUCCACAAUCUCGGCUGCUAUGAGCAAUCUGAUUGGUGCAUCACGUAUCCUGUAUGCCCUGGCACGUGAUGACCUAUUUGGGAAAGUAUUAUCUCCUGCAACAAAGACAUCAAGUAGUGGGAACCCCUGGGUGGCUGUGCUAAUCUCCUGGUUCCUGGUUCAGUUGGUGCUUUUCUCUGGGAAGCUCAACACAAUUGCUGGCAUUGUCACCAUCUUUUUCCUUCUGGUUUAUGCAGCUGUUGACCUGGCUUGCCUUGCACUUGAGUGGGCAUCUGCCCCAAACUUCAGGCCAACCUUCCGAUUUUUUACCUGGCAUACUUGUCUGUUAGGUAUCGUGGGCUGCGUUGUCAUGAUGUUCCUCAUCAAUCCUAUUUAUGCCUCAGCCAGUAUUGCAUUCAUGUUGCUUCUACUUCUCGUUAUCCACUACAUGUCUCCCACCAGCAGCUGGGGCUACAUCAGCCAGGCUCUUAUCUUCCACCAGGUAAGGAAAUAUCUUCUGAUGCUCGAUGUACGUAAAGAGCAUGUUAAGUUCUGGCGCCCACAGGUCCUGCUUAUGGUGGCCAAUCCCCGAAGCUGCAUGGAGCUCAUAAGUUUCAUUAAUGAUAUCAAGAAAAGUGGCCUGUAUGUUCUGGGUCAUGUGGAGCUGGGAGAUCUAGGCACACUGCCAUCUGACCCGCUGCAGCCACUGUAUGACUCUUGGCUUAUGCUUGUCGAUAAAUUGAACAUCAAGGCCUUUGUCAACCUAACACUAGCGGGGUCAGUACGGCAAGGUGUUCAGCACCUGCUCUGCAUCUCUGGGCUUGGUGGAAUGAGGCCCAACACUCUAGUUCUGGGAUUUUAUGAUGACUGCAUACCACAGGAGGAACACUUGGACACCUCUUCUUCAAUGGAUACCAGUGUAAGUGGAUUCUCUCCUGAGGAUGGCGAGGAGUUACAGAUGAACUUUCCCCCGCUGCGGACAACAACUGAAGGGAAGGCCUUGUCAGGCUUUGAAUAUGUGUCCAUACUGUCUGAUGCUGUCAAGAUGUUAAAGAACAUCAUUCUGGCGCGAUAUUUCUCAAACUUUGACCGCAAGCUUGUCUUGGCACAGAAAUCUGGCCUCUACAUUGACAUCUGGCCCCUGAACCUAAUGAGGCCAGAUAGCAGCAACUAUGUGGAUACAUCUAGUCUCUUCCUGUUGCAGUUGGGCUGCAUUCUUAACAUGGUACGAACUUGGCGCCAUGCCAAGCUGCGGCUGUUUUUGUGUGUUGAAGUAGGUCAUGUAAACGAGGGCCCCAAAGAAAAACUCAAGCAGCUGCUAGCAAAGCUACGCAUCAAAGCUUCCAUUGAGAUGGUACCCUGGGACUCAGUGGUGGCCCUGCAUUGGCAUAAGCAGCUUCCAGAUGCCAACCAGGAGGAGGAGGAGGAAGAGGAAGGUGACUUUGUAAACAGCUUCCCUAGUAAUGCUAUGCGUAUUUCAGAUGAAUACCUUAAGGCAGUCAAUGCCUUGAUCUUAGAGCACUCCUCAGCCCCAGCUGUGCGUUUUCUGUAUCUACCAAGGCCACCAGCUGACACAAGCCUCUACCCCACAUAUUUGCACCACCUGGACCUCAUGACCAGAGGUCUGGGUCCUACACUGCUUAUUCACGGGCUCAGCCCUGUUACCAGCACUGAUCUUUAAAUACAAAAAGGGUGGAAAAGAUUCUUGUUAGUUAUUUUUUACUUGUCUUUUUUGUCACUGGUCAAAUUUUGAGAAGAAAUUAUUUAAUAAAUGACAGUUUAAGUAA